GCUAGUAUAUGCAUGAUAUUCUGGGCUGAAUAUAUAUACUAUUCCAUGAGGUUGGGUCGAAAGCCCUUUCGAAUAAUGCUAAUAUGCCCAUGAUAUAUCAUUUCAAGGCUGCCGUCCAAGGCCCUGUAUUAGCAGCCAAUUAUUCACACCGUCGCUUCGACCUCAUCGACAAUGGCAUUUGGGGAGUGUUGGGGGUUAUCUCGAGACCAGCAUCGGUCUUGUCGCAGUCAGACAAUUCCCGAGCAGGAAGUAAAUAACAACAAUGUCAGCAGUGUUUCAUUCUGAUAAGCACUGUCCCCUGAUUGAACUUCCCCGCCUUUUUGCCCCAUACUUAACCGUACCGGAGAAUGCUGCCAGUGGGUCGAGAUCGUAUCGAUUCUCUCCCAAGCAUUAGCUGUCAAGCCACUGUUGCGGAGCCAACUCGCCCGUCCUGAUCCCAGCGCGUCCAGCUACCCGAUCCGGGAUUUGUGCUUAAUGUUUCCGGAUGAGGGCAAUGCCAACACGAUGCAGUUCUCCGCAGCUAGAGUUGCCCUGUCUUCUCGACCGGAGUGUCUCCACCAUGUCUUGUCCCCCAAAACCAAAGUCGCAAUCACGGCUGUCGGUGUCAUCUCACAAAGACAUGGCGCGUUCACAUGGCUCAUGCUCCAGCUCUCCAAAGACCAUGACCAUGUGCUGAGGACCUUCCGCCUUCUAAUUUCUGAACUUUGCCAACAGUUCGGAGGAGGCCAUCCUGGAGGCGUGGUUGGGAUUGCCGCCAUUGGAAUCGCGCCCUGGCGAUAUGUUAUGCAAUAUGCACCUGACACGCCCGACUAUUUUAACCGCGAUCGUGUCGACCUAUCCAACGGUCAUGCCUGUCUAUUUCUGUAUACGUUCCUGCACCUCACUGGAUACAAGGCUAUGACUUUAGGCCAGCUAAAGCCGUAUCUGACCGUGUUGACACAUUAUGUCCUGGCCAUCCGGAGAUUGAGCACGAGGGCCUUGAAUUCACCACAGGCCCCCUGGGUCGGGGUGUCGCAAAUGCGGUGGGUCUUGCUAUGGCCACCAGGAACCUGGCCGCCAAGUUCAACCGUCCUGGAAGACAUCAAUGCCAAGAUGCGCGCCUGUGAGUGGGAUGUUAUUGAAGUUGAGCAUGGCUGCUAUGAUAUUGCAGGUAUUUUCCACGCGCUGGAGAAGGCUCGUGCCUGUCAGGAUAAACCUACCUUUAUCAAUGUCCGAACCGUCAUCGGUUUAGGCAGUAAGGUGGACGGAAUGGCAGUCGCCCACGGUGCAGCAUUUGGUGCUCCAGACGUCGCAGAGAUGAAGAGAUACGGUUUCCACCCCGAAGAGCAUUUUUUCAUUGGCGAGGUAGUUCGCGAAUUAUUCCGUGACCUACCUGUCCGCGGGGAGUCCCUGGUUCAUCAGUGGAAUGAUCUGAUAUGCCAAUAUGUCAAACCCAGUAUCAUUUAG